AAAUGGUCUCGUCCUUACAUUUGUCAUCAUUAUUUAUCAGCUAGCUCCUGAGUGGAGAGCACCGCGUCUUCUAGCCAACUUUGCCGUAGUUUUGAGAGAGGACGCGGGUGUGUUUGUGUGUGUGUGUGCGCAAGGUUACCGGGACGGUGGUGCUGGUGGUAGUGCGUAGGGCGCUAGCGGUGCCGAAGGAUCAUGCCAGUGUGUGAGGCGGACAUGUCUGACGCAGAGUGCCUGUCGCCUGGGGUGGAGGCUCCCCCUGCCCACUACAACGAGGACGACCCCUGCGAGGACGAGGACCCCCGCCCGGAGGCCUCCGAGGACCAGACGGAAGCCGGCAGCGACAAGAAAUCUGGCGGUCCGGUGAAGCCGCCGUACUCCUACAUCGCUCUCAUCACCAUGUCCAUCGUUCAGGCGCCGAAGAAACGUGUGACGCUGAGCGAGAUCUGUGAGUUUAUCAUGAACAGGUUCCCCUAUUACAAGGCCAAGUUCCCCGCCUGGCAGAACUCCAUCCGUCACAACCUGUCACUCAAUGACUGUUUCGUCAAGGUGCCACGAGAGCCUGGCAACCCCGGCAAGGGCAACUACUGGACCCUAGACCCGGGUGCCAUAGAUAUGUUCGAUAACGGCUCCUUCCUGCGGCGCCGCAAACGGUACAAGCGACAACACCCGGACUUCCUCAACGACCCGCACGUGUUCUCCCUGCUGGCUACGGGUAUGAUAGACCCGUACCAGCUGCACCAGCACCAGCACCAGCUGCAGCAGCAGCACCAACAGCAGCAGCAACAGGCGGCGGCGGCUGCGCUGCUGGGGCCGCACCCGACUAUGUUACACCGCCCAGUGCCCUAUGCUCACCAUCCAUAUCUGCCGCCCACCCACGCCCACCUGCACCAACACCAUCACGCCCUCACGCAACAGGCGGACUUUCUCAGGCACCUGCGGGGCAGCCUCGCGCCCAUUUCUCAAACUGCGAGCUGCCCUACGCCCACCAUGGGCGGCGUGCUGGCCCCCACGCCCGUCAAACCGGUGGUUGCCACGCCGCCCUCGCCGCCCCUGACCCGCCCUGCCCCACGCCCUGCCUUUACCAUCGAUGCCAUCAUGGGUAGGGAUAAGUCACCACCGCCGCCGCCCACUUCGCCGCCCACCUCACCGCCCACGUGCCGUCCAGUGCCAUCGCUGCCCCUAGCCGUCCUCAACCCAGAGCCAUUCUCGCGUCUAUUAGUAGCACCGUUUCUACACCAGAGCCUUGGUUGUCCGCUGCCUGGCACUCUCCACCCACACCUGCCGCCCACCUCACUACCGCCGCCUUCCAUGUCGCGGUGAUGGGCGUUGGGAUGGCUUGAGUAUACCGCCCACUGCCGCCCAUGGCAUCCUACUAUCUACAUUCCUGGUCU